AUGAACGGGAACUACUCGAAUAGGAACCUAUCCAAUGGGAACCACUCGAAUCGGAAGUCCUCAAAUGAGAGUCGCUCCAACAGGAACAGCUUGAUUGGGAACCUCUUAAAUGGAAACCACUCAAAUGGAAACCUCUCGAAUGGGAAUUAUUUGAAUGGAAAUCUUUCGAAUGGGAACCUCUUGAAUGGGAACCAUUCAAAUGGAAACAUCUCAAAUGGGAACCACUCAAAUGGAAACAUCUCGAAUGAGAACAUCUCGAAUGGAAACAUCUCGAAUGGAUCGUCGCAUAGCUCAGCACCCCAAAUUGAUUGGAAGAAUUUAUUUCAGAUCAGAAAAACUUGGCUCGAGAAAUGUCAAGCCGAAUUGCAAGAUUCACAAUUAAAAUGCUUGCAAGUCCAAGAGCAAUAUCGAGAAUUGCGAGAAAGCUAUAAGGAACUCCGGGUGGCAUGGCAAAAUUUGAGGACAGAGCUAGAAAAAGAUUGGCAGCUCCGAGCGGAAACUGCAAGAGCUUAUCAAGAAUUUCAAACGGCGUACGAAGAAGAAAGAAAACAACGAGUUCCAGUUGAACAAGCACAAGAAUUGUUUCACGACAAGUUACAGAGAGGUUUGCAGUUGUUGAUAGAAACGGCACAGAAAACAGCGCGAGAUUCGAACCGUUCCAAUUUCCAUCUUGAUCGCGACCCCUUCGAACAUUCAACACAGCUUGCGAUGCCAAACCAAUCUCUGCCUUUACGAUCUACACUCAACCCAGUAGCACCUGUGUUUUCGAAGCCUCGUAAGGAUACUCGUCCUCAAUCUGCUGACUCGGCGUAUUAUUCUUCUUCAUCAAAGGAGGCGGCAAAUGGAAGUGAGCCUAAGAUGUCCAAUGGUUCAGGUACCGCGAGCAGCGGCGAUGCCAAUUCACCAUCUACACCAUCCACACCGCCGAACCCGAGUCAAAUACAGUUCGGAAUUCCACAGAUGCUACCCAAAUUUCCUCGCCGCCAUAAAUCAGACUCUUGCCUGACUGACAUGCGAGCCGGCAAAGCUUCUACUCCGGAAUAA